AUGAGCGCGGCGGCGGCGCCGAGGAAGCCAAAGAAGGGCGCCGUCUCGUCGCCGCUGAAGGUGGAGGUCGCCAUGGGUGGAGGUGGAGGAGAGGACGGCGCGGGAUCUCUUCUUGCUCUCGCCGGAGGAGAGGAGGGACGGGGUCAGGGUCAGGGUCAGGCCACGACGCAGCUUCUUCGCUUCGCUUGGAUCUGCUUGCCUCCCCGUUUAUUCUUCUUCUUCUUUCUUGUUUCUGUGGACUGGAAUUGCCAUGGCAAAGAACAAAAAUACAAUAAUAUACCGGUAUUCCUUCAUGCCCUCAUGGGCCGAGAUUGA